AUCAAACCGCACAUCCAUUUCAGCCUUAGGCAUUGCCUACACACUUAUCCUCACCACUCCUACUUUCAAUAAAUUCAAGGUUUCUAGCCGGCCUUGCAACAAUGGCAGUAGCACAAACGACCACCAUCUUCUCCUCUGCCAUCAUCAUCGUGCUCUUUUCCUCGUCAAUUGUUGCUCAUACUAGCGGUGAUGUUGGUGGCAAGCCGAAGGCAGCCGAUUUCGUGACAGAAGCAUGCAAGAACGCUACAGCCAACUAUGACAAAGAAAUUCACCUCACGGAGAAAUUCUGUGUCUCGACCCUCCGGUCGGACAACCAAAGCGGCAAGGCUAAGGACCUUCAUGACCUGGCACUCAUUGGCGUAGACAUCCUCAAAGCACGUGUCGUCACAGCCAAUGGUAAGGUCCAAGAAAUGUUGCACAAAGCCAAAUCUGGCAUGUCGAGGGCGCGCCGACUCACUUUCUGCAAGCUGGACUAUGACGUGACGGACUACCGUGGCGCUGACGGUGGUGACAACGACGGGCCGCCGUCUUUUAUGCUCCCUCACUCUGUGGAGCAGGUGAACAUCCUCAGCGGUUACUGCGGGCAUGAGCUUCUGGAUAUGCCGGGGCUUCAUGCGUUGUUCAACGAGAAUCUUGACUAGAGUAUGCUGGCCCACCUCAACAUGGCCUUGCUAGCACCAUAUAGAGACAACGAUUCAUAAUAUGUAUUUUAGCCUGAGUGGUGUAUGCUGCUUCAUUUAGAAUACUAAUAAUAAUGAGAGGUUGCUACAUCUUAUUCUAUUGAGAAGUAACUAUUUCUCCACCAGUUUCUG